AUGAUAGAGAUGGGAAGGCAAGUGAAUGUUGCUCAAAUGGAAGUAAAUUUAGCUCGUACACGUGAUCGCUUAGCAUCAAAUCAAGUCGAGCUUGCCCGUGCAUUGCUUCAACAACACCGUUAUGCCGAGCAAUCCAUGAGUAUUAACAAAAUUAAAGAACAAGAACAACUGGGGAUCAGACUAGCAAACAAACUGAAACGUCUAGACGUUAACGAAAUGGUAACAGUCGAAAGUCUUUCGUUCUCAACAUCGAUGACUUCAUCCACAAAAAGUUUGUUGCCGUUCGUAGCAUCUGUUAAAGACGUUGAUGGGAAUGACAAAUUUGUCGAGUUUCCCAUAGAAUUUAAAAAAAUUGACUACUCCUUAGCUUCAGCUUCGAAGCUUGUCAUACAAAUGCUCUUUGGAAAACUUAAUUCUAGACAAAAACGAUCAACACAUGACGAGUUUCUGGGAGAUAAACUAGGCAUGGACAAUGGCCAAAGUAUGUGCUUUUUUUCCCACCAGGCAAAUGCUCUCUUUACAGAUAUCAUAAACUCUCUAGAAUUUCUAGUCGAAAGAACAGAUGCAUACUUUCAAGCUAUUUCAUCAGGAAUUGAGGAAGUUGAUUCAUUGGUCAUGCAUUCGGCAAAAAAAUCAUUUUCGCCCACUCUGGAGCCUCAAAAAUCCUUCAGCGAAAUGAUGCAGUCCCUUAAAGAUAAUUACAUCGAUAUUACAAGUACGACAACAUGGGAAACCAUUCUUGAAAACUGGCGCGUCCAUCUCAAUGUCUUGACUGGAGGCAGGAAUUUUACAAAGUGUUCAGGAACUGAGGAUUGUUUGGAGUAUUUCUUUCGUAAUUUGGAUGAAUUCUAUCUGUUCGAAUAUAGUCAUCGGGCACUCGAGAUUAAGCAAAACUUACAUGAGAUGAAAAUGGUUUUCAAUAGCUUGUUACAAAGACAUUCUUCAUUUACUAAAGUAAAAGAAAUUGUACCUAUAGCCAAGGCCUUACUAAACAAAACUAAAGACGACUCAGUAUUAUGCGGAACCAGCCCGGUCAUUGUUAAAAGCUCACCCGCAGAAGUUGUGGUCCUUAUUGGUGGUACAGUAAACCUUACAUGCUUAGUUGCAAACUCAAGCGAAGUGGAAAUCGUUUGGAUUAAAAACGAAAGGGUUAUAGAGGAUAUGAACGAUGAAGUGCUUGUUCUUAGAAAUGCGACAACACAAACCGAAGGAGCUUACAAAUGCGCUGUCUCAAACAACAGGGGUGUAACAGCAUCCAAUGUUAGUUUUGUGAUGGUGCAUAAAGCGCCUAGUAUCACCAAUCAUCCACGUGACGUUCGCGUUCUAGUUGGAACUGAAACAUUGUUAAUGACAUGUAGUAGUGACGGAGUUCCAAGGCCAACCACAGAGUGGUUUUUUAAGCCACGCAGUGGAAAAGUUGUGCGAUUGAAUUCCUCCAAUCGCAUGUUAAUCAAGAAAAACCUAACAUCUCAGGACUCGGGAUUUUAUUACUGUAAUGUUUCAAACAUACACGGAACAAUUACAAGCAGAAUGGCGAGGCUCGAUGUCCUGGAAUUCACUGCAGGCAGACCUCGAAUCGUUGUAAAUCUGAAAUUUGCCCGUUGUGCAAUUGCAGACUUUCCAGACAACGAUUCAAACUGUACCGAUCACCAUUACACAUCUGCCCUGCAGUUGGAUUAUGCUGGUGUACACAACUUCUUCACAGAGAUCACUGCUAAGAUGAGAUGGGCAUGGAACCAAAUAGAGAGACUCGAUUUCAGUUUACACACAAAUGUUUCGUUGUCCUUUGUUAUCACAUCCAAUGGAAGCGAUACAUCAAAGCGUACCAGCUCAGACUUAUUCGAUACUUUGAAUAGCAUUUCCCUUUCACGUUACAAACUUGCCAGGGAUUUGCGGUCUUUUCGGGCUGCUCUUUUGGAGAGGAAAUUUAUCUUUCUCAAGAAGAACGCGCUGAUCGUCCCCAGAAUGGGAGGUUUCGCUGCUAGACUUAUCACCCAGAAGUGUCCUGAAGGAAAACAAGCCGAUGAAAAUGGAUUAUCUCUUUGC